AUGACUUCAGCAUCCUUAAAAGGAUCUCUAGAAAUUGACCCAAAUCGCGUUGGUCGCCCGAGAUUUGACCCAUACCAAAGACUUCUCGGUCGAUUUUACGAGCAAUUGUUUCUCUUGCAUGCACUUGGACAGACACGCGGCAGCCACACCCCUCUGUCGUUUGACGUCGAUGUCAGGCAGGCUAAAAGUCGGCGAUUUUUGCAAAACCUCUGUUAUAUCUGUGAUUUCAGAAAGGGAGGCAGCACAUGCACUGCAAUCGGCCUCGAAGAGCUUGAUACCUGUUAUAACUUCUGUGUUGCUUCGAACAGAGAGACAGACAAAAUCGUCGCGUUUCUCCACACCGCCUUAGAUACUUUGCGGGCCAUCACCCACCCGGUCGGCACACGGAAUGUCUACAGCGAGUCGCAAUUCGCAACAAGAUGCAUCAAAUUUGCUUCUGAACGUGUCGACGAAGAAAAGAGAUGCCUUCGCAGAUACGCCAAAGAUUGUCUUUCCAAGCUGAGCGGACACAUUGCAGCAUCCGGUAAGCUCACUAUUUCACUCUUCUCACGCAUCAACCGAUCUAAUUCUUUAGAUUUGGUUGCCUGGCUUAACACGGCCAUGAAUUUUGAUGAUAACUUCGCGCUCUGCAAUUUCGCGCAUGACAAUCGCCAUUCAUCACUAGUGAAGGAGCUGGAGAGACGGGGUGUGGAGGAAGAGAAAGGGUUGAAUCCUACGAGCAAAAGGUCAUGUUUUAUCAUGAUGCGACAUUAUAUCGGGAGACUUGCACAUCACAUACGGGCUUCAAGUGAGCUGAUUCAGGACACUGAGGAACUGAGACACCUUCUUGACAAUCAUGCUGUUUGUCCUAUAUACGCCCCACCUGCCGUACCAACGCCUAUGUGUGACUCCCACGUCAACCUUCGCGGGAUCUUGAAUCGAAUGUUCAAGAAGGAUAGCGAAGACAAGGAUUCUCUGAAGGAGGGCCUUCUGCACCUGCACAAGGUAGCAGGUAUAUUUGACACCUUUAUCCGUCAGUACAAUGGCUCCACGCUUGAAGUGCAUGCAGAGCUUCAGGUCUUGGAGUAUUUUUGGAAGCUGCGAAAAACAUUCGCGGGCGAGGAUCGGUUUAUUGCUUGUAGUAAGCCGGCCUGUUUCUGCUGUGAACUGUACUUCGAAUAUCAUCCAGCCCGCGUGAUGGUAUCUUCCUCACACCGAAAGAUUUGGACAAAGUGGAGUCCACCAAAUGUUGAACAAUUGGACCGGAAAUGCCCCACAGCCAUGCAACAGAGGAAUAUCGUGAAUAAAAUGACGGAAACCAUUCGCGAGCAAGUGUUCAGUCAUGUCAUUCAAUGCGUGCCAUCGAAACGAUGGCAUCCGGAUUCGAUAACGAACAUCACGGAUACCCGAGGGCCUAGCUUCGGUUCCUAUUCACUCGAGGUAUCAGAUGAGACUCCUGGGACUCUACCGAGUAUAGUUUUAGGAUUUCAGCACAACAGACGCGCCAUUUUCACCAACACAGAAGUUAGCGGGAACAUUGACACCGCACCGGACUUUGAUGGUAUUUCUGACCCGGAAAACGGAGGUGUUUCUCUCUCUGGCUACACUUAG